GUCAGCACGCAAUAAAGCACCACGGUCUGGGGGCUCAUCAUAUAAGCCGCACCGGAACCUCGCAUCACAACCGUCUGACAGAGCAGGCGAGCAUCACUCACGAUUCAAGAGGGUUUUUACUUCGCUUCACCUCUUUCUGACGUAGCAGCAUACAACCAUGAAGGGAAUGAUUCUCCAGCUCAGCCGCAACCUGAGCCGCGCUGCCCCCAUUCUCAGUCGCAGUGUCCACUCUGGCACACGUCCUGCCUCCACUGCCGCCUCCAAACUGACGUCUGACCGUCCGCUCUCCUCGGAGGAAAUCUACGCCCGAGAGGACAAGUAUGGAGCGCACAACUACCACCCCCUGCCAGUGGCCUUAGAGAGGGGAGAGGGUAUCUAUGUUUGGGAUGUGGAGGGCACCCGGUAUUACGACUUCCUCAGUGCAUACAGUGCAGUAAACCAGGGUCACUGCCACCCAAAGAUCACUGCCGCGCUCAGCGCCCAGGCCUCCAAACUCUGCCUGACUUCCAGAGCGUUCUACAACAAUGUACUGGGAGCCUAUGAGGAGUACAUCACGGCCUUGUUCGGCUAUGACAAAGUCUUACCCAUGAAUACAGGCGUCGAAGGUGGCGAGACAGCCUGCAAGCUUGCCCGCAAGUGGGCUUACAAUGUAAAGGGAGUCCCCAAAAACCAGGCCAAAAUCAUUUUUGCAGAGGGAAACUUCUGGGGCCGCACCAUGGCAGCCAUCUCCAGCUCAACAGACCCCAGCAGUUACGAAGGUUUUGGUCCCUACAUGCCAGGCUUUGAGCUUGUCCCGUACAACGACAUUGCUGCACUGGAGAAAGCUCUCCAGGACCCAAAUGCUGCUGCUUUCAUGGUGGAGCCCAUCCAGGGUGAGGCAGGGGUGGUGGUGCCAGACCAGGGCUACCUGACUAAAGUCAGAGAACUCUGCACCAAACACAAUGUGUUGUGGAUCGCUGAUGAGGUGCAGACAGGUUUGGCAAGAACCGGCCGGCGUCUGGCUGUGGACCACGAGGAAGUCCGUCCAGAUAUCGUUGUUCUGGGCAAAGCUCUCUCUGGGGGAGUUUACCCUAUAUCUGCUGUGCUGUGUGACGAUGAGAUAAUGCUGACAAUCAAGCCUGGAGAACACGGGUCAACGUAUGGAGGUAACCCUGUGGCCUGUCAGGUCGCCAUCGCUGCACUUCAGGUGCUGGAGGAGGAGAAGCUGGCAGAGAAUGCUCAAAGGAUGGGAGAGCUGCUGCGGAGCGAGCUGAAUAAACUGCCCAAAGACAUUGUGACAACAGUCAGAGGGAAAGGCCUCCUCAACGCAGUCGUCAUCAAAGAGACCAAAGACUAUAACGCCUGGGAGGUGUGCUUACGCCUUCGUGACAACGGACUGCUGGCUAAGCCCACCCACGGUGACAUCAUCCGCCUGGCUCCUCCCCUCAUCAUCAAAGAGCACGAGCUGCGCGAGUGUGUCGACAUCAUCCAGAGAACCAUCUUGUCCUUCUAAACUACAACCACCUCUUCAAGAAUACGCACACAGCUUUCAAAAUCAUAAUCCAAACUGAUCAUCCUGUUGUUAUUUUCACUUUAAAGACAGUCUGAAAGGUAUUACUGUAGAGACACAGUAUACAGACGCUGUAUGGAGAAUGCUUCUAUGAGGUUACACUGACACUUACGUACAGGAAUAAUGCUGUAGAGGAAAACCGGUCUGUUAGGCUUUUUGUCGAAGCCUACGAUUUAAAACAAAUGUUGCUAAGUAACCACCACAGAAGGUCCGCCCCUCUUUUUAUCCAAUCGGACAAUGGGAUAAGAAUAAAAAAAAAACAAAAAAAAAACACACACAAAUGAAGCCGGGCGCUUUUCUGCUCUGAGUUGGAAGUUUUUUCAGCUCGAGGCGUUCAGCUCACUCUUGAAAAACGCAAAGCGCUCAGCAACGCAAAAGCUUCACUGUCACUGAAGACGAUUACUCCCCCCUGCCCCCACCCCCACAGGCGUCUAAAAAGCGCUCUGUCUGAUCAGGCUGCCUCAGGAAAGACUUCAAGACAGGCGGAAACAUCAUCAGUUUAUUUUAAAUGUUUAACUGUUAAUUCACAUUUCUGCUGGUAAUAAGUGAUGUAAAUAAUCAGUGUGAUUGUAUCCACUGCAUCAUUUUAAUUUUCUUAAAGGAGAAGUAGUGUUACCAGAUACUCAUGCAGUCUAAAGUUUAGACUCAAGACUGUAUUUAAAAUUUUUCCUCAAAGGUAAACAAUUAAGCUGUCUUGUUACAAUCUUGUUUGCGGUUUAGUUUGUUUACUAAACUGCUGUGUGCAAACAAAAACUCUGUGAACCUUGUUAAAACUUGAAAGUUGCUGAAAGUCUUGUUACACAGAGGGUCAUUUGGGUUUUUCUGAUGCUAAGAGCAGCGUUUCAACACGUUUAUAAAAUGCUGUGAAACAUAUAGUAAAUUCAGACUUCUUUUAGUUGUUUAAAUUUCUUCAACAAUUAUGAUCUGUAUCUGUGCGUUGUUGUUAUGGAAUUUUCUGAUGAAUGUUUUAUUUGUUACAAAACAUGUAAAUAUUGUCUUUUCGAAGGCAAUAUCCCCUUUUAAGUUGCUGUAUUAUCCAUUGAUCUCAAAAUAAAUUAUUGCAGUCAUA